AUGCGCCAGUUCAUCUUUUUUCUUGCUUUAUUCGGGGCCCUCGUUGGCGAAAUAUUCGCCCAACAGGAAGUCGUCUUCGACUGUUCCCAGAUGCCCUCCGUCUGCACAAACAUGUGUUGGGGCAUCUACUGCGCCUUCGGCAACCACAACUCCGAAGCCCUCCUCACCUACGACGCCCCAGAUGAAGAGACCGCUAGGCAGCGCCGUAUAAGCGCUGGUUGCAACCCCAGCGGAAACCGCUGCGGAGGAGGUCCGCCUGACGCAAACAGCUGCGACGAGUACCCGUUCGCGACGACGCGGGAGGCUGAUCAGGUUGCGCAGGUUAAUAGAUGUGUUCCGCAGACUGAGAAUUCACAUCAAGGUCAACGCCUCCAAGAGCUCUACAGCCGCCUCAACGCCCCCGAGCAAUUCAUAAUCGGACUCACGCACACCGACGCAGCCGGAGUGCAGUUCUGCAACUACAAUGACGCCUGCGAGAACGACGGAAUGAUCUACCAAGAGGACGACGUUGCGCCGAAUCCCCCGAAUAAUGCUGCUGUCAGGUUGAAGUACCGGUACUUGCUAGAGAGUGGGGUGGAGUAUAUCUCGCACGUUGACUCACCGGCUGGGAAGAUGGUUAAGCGACUUGUUGCUGUUGAAGGCAAUGAGACUGAGGCUACUGAUGGCGAGGAAGAUCCAGAUGGGUGGGUGUGGGUUGAGGAUUAUAUCUACCGCCGACUUGCACAAGACGGGGAUGAGGAGGAUCCUGACUGGGUACCUGACUAUAUCUAUCGUCAAGAUGCACAGGAUGAGACGAAGGCUGAUACCGGGAAGGACGGAGAGGAUCCGGACUGGGUGGUAGAUUAUAUCUACCGGCGACAGGAGAAUGAGACUGAGACUGAGGCUCUUGAUGGGGAGGGAGAAGAGGAGGGUCCAGAUUGGGUGGCUGAUUAUAUCUACCGUCGGCGUGCGCAGGUUAAGGAGAGUGAUGACGAUACUGUUCAUGAGAAAGAUCAGGAUUGGGUUCCGGAUUAUAUCUAUCGGCGUGAUGCGAAGGCCGAGCAGAGUGAGGCUCCAACUGGGACUGAUGAUAGUGAUGAGGAUCCGUCAAAGUGGCAGUGGGUUGAACAAUACAUUUAUCGGCGGGAUGCGCAGGAAGAGGAGGAUGAGACUGGGGUUGUUGAUGGAGAAGGGAAAGGGGAAGAUCCAGAUUGGGUGGUUGAUUAUAUCUACCGGCGACAUGCACAAAAGGAUGAGACAAGGACUAACCUUGGGCCUGUUAGUGGAGAGGAAGGGCUGAAAGAGGAAGAGGAUUCAGAUUGGGUGGUAGAUUAUAUCUAUCGACGGCAGGCUGGGGAUGGGACGGAGACCGUUGAUGGGGAAGGGGAAGGGGAAGGAGAGGAUCCAGACUGGAUAGUGGACUAUAUCUAUCGGCGACAGGGUGAAGGUGAUGAGAAAAGACCAGUUGAUGAGAAGGGGCAGGGGGAGGAGUCUGACUGGGUAGUCGAUUAUAUCUAUCGGCGAGAUUGA